CUGAGUCUACGCCAAGACUGCGAAGCAGCAGACAAGUGGGCUUGGUGGAGCAAGUCCUACGUCUUGUCUUUUCUGGCGGCGCAGGCACGCCAGGCCGUUCUUUCCCAAAAAGACAAGGGUGACCGCUGUUUGGUCAGUGCUGCUGCUAUGGGUCUGCGGGUCUGCGGGUCUGCGGCUGCUGGGGACGUCCACGGUUGCACGGGUGGAUGGGAAGGAACACUGGACCUGGAAAGCAGAGGCAGGGAAGAGAAAGGCAAGGACCGCAAGGACCAGGGCCAAGGCGAAGGCGAAGGCGAGGGCGAGGGCGCCGGCGAGAGACGUGCCUUCUUCAAUUAUAUACAACGUGUUUCCACAACCCGUCACCUCCGCGCCAACCUUAGCACCGUCUUCCAGCCGCCUCAUUCGCUUGUGCAGCAGACGGUGCAAGGAGGAUGGCAGACGGUCGGAGGCGGAGGCGGCCGUGACAAACUGCCCGCCGAAAGCGAGGACGAGGACGAGGACAUACGUAGCCAUGACGAGAACCACGCCGGCCGCUAA